GCACAAUACUUGAUUGGCACUCACUGCCUUAGAGGAGGAGUUAACUGCAUGUCUCUUUCAGCAGGGGUAACUGUUGGUCUCUCUCUCCUGCUCCAGUAACUGGAGGCACAAGUUCCUUCUUCACCAGCCUCAACUUCAUUUCUCAGAAGGUCUGGGCUGUGUUCUGCUGCUACAGCCAUGGCACCCAAAAAGAACAAGGCGACCAAAAAGAAUAAAGGAGACAUAAAUGAAAUGACCAUAAUGGUUGAGGACAGCCCCAUCAACAAGAUCAAUGGGUUAAACACUCUAUUAGAGGGAGGGAACGGCUUCAGCUGCAUUUCAACUGAAGUUACUGAUUCUGUGUAUGCCCCAAACCUCCUGGAGGGUUUGAGCAACAUGAGACACGAAAGCUUCCUCUGUGAUCUAACAGUUGCCACCAAGUCAAAGUCAUUUGACGUCCACAAGGUUGUCAUGGCUUCAUGCAGCGAGUACAUUCGGAACAUCUUGAAGAAGGAUUCGACCCUCCAAAAGAUCGACCUGAGCGACAUCUCACCGGUGGGCCUCGCCACUGCAAUUACGUACGCAUACUCUGGAAAGCUGACCCUGUCCCUGUACAGCAUCGGCAGCACUAUCGCCGCGGCCAUACUGCUACAGAUUGGCACCUUAGUGAAGAUGUGCAGUGAUUUUCUCAUGCAGGAGCUCAGCGUGGAGAAUUGCAUGUAUGUGGCCAAUAUCGCUGAUGCCUACGACCUCAAAGAAACCAAGGAGGCAGCUCAGAAGUUCAUGAGGGAGAACUUCAUUGAGUUUUCUGAGAUGGAGCAGUUCCUGAAGCUCACCUACGAGCAGAUCAGUGAUUUCCUCUCAGAUGACUCCCUGCAGCUCCCCUCCGAGAUCACAGCCUUCCAGAUUGCCAUGAAAUGGUUGGACUUUGAUGAGAAGAGGCUGAAGUAUGCAGCAGAUCUCCUAACUCACAUCCGCUUUGGCACUAUCUCUGCCCAAGACCUGGUGAAUCAUGUCCAGAGUGUGCCUAGGAUGAUGCAAGACUCCGAGUGCCACCGUCUCCUUGUUGACGCCAUGAAUUACCAUCUGCUGCCAUACCAACAGAACAUCCUCCAGUCACGCAGAACAAAGGUACGUGGUGGCCUCAAGGUGAUACUCACAGUUGGCGGACGCCCUGCCUUGACAGAGAAAUCCCUCAGCAAAGACGUUCUCUACAGAGAUUCGGAUAACGUGUGGAAUAAGUUGACAGAAAUGCCAGCAAAGAGCUUUAAUCAGUGUGUGGCAGUCUUGGAUGGCUUCCUGUAUGUGGCAGGUGGUGAGGACCAGAAUGAUGCAAGGAACCAGGCCAAACAUGCUGUUAGCAACUUCUGCAGAUAUGACCCCCGCUUCAACACCUGGAUUCACUUGAGCAACAUGAUCCAGAGGCGCACCCACUUUAGCCUCAACACCUUCAACGGCCUCUUGUUUGCAGUUGGAGGGCGUAAUGCUGAUGGUGUUCAGGCCUCUGUGGAGUGCUAUGUGCCUUCAUCCAACCAGUGGCAGAUGAAAGCUCCAAUGGAGGUGCCCCGCUGUUGUCAUGGCAGCUCCGUCAUCGAUGGCAAGAUCCUUGUAUCUGGAGGUUACAUCAACAACGCCUACUCCAGGGCCGUGUGCUCGUAUGACCCCUCCACCGACACCUGGCAGGAUAAGAGCAGUCUCAGCACACCCAGAGGCUGGCACUGUGCUGCCACUGUGGGAGACCGAGCCUACGUCAUCGGAGGCAGUCAGCUGGGAGGACGUGGAGAAAGGGUGGAUGUCCUCGCCGUUGAAUCUUACAACCCUCACAACGGGCAGUGGAGCUACUGCGCGCCUCUUCACACAGGAGUGAGCACGGCCGGUAUUUCCAUUUUGAACAACAAGGUCUAUCUCCUCGGAGGCUGGAAUGAGGGUGAGAAGAAGUACAAGAAAUGUAUUCAGGUUUACAACCCUGACCUCAAUGAAUGGACUGAGGAUGAUGAAUUGCCGGAGGCCACAGUCGGCAUUUCAUGCUGUGUUGUCACCAUACCUACACGGAAAACACGGGAGUCCAGAGCCAGUUCAGUUUCAUCUGCACCAGUCAGUAUAUAAGGGUUAAAUAAUAAUGAUGUAGUUUACAUGUCUAAAGGUCUCCAGCUUGUCUGUUGCAUAAAGCUUGGUUCUCAACUCUACCUAUAGUCCCUUUUUUGGGGGGCUAAGAUGAUCAGUUUAAAUGGUCAUCAACUUUCUUUAGCAAAAAUUUGUAAAAUGUAAAAACUGCAAAUUUGGGAAUACAGUCUUAUAAAAUUGGUGACAUUAAAAAAAUCUCAUUCAUUUGAAACAAAUUGCUGGCAAAGAGAAAUCAGAAACUUUACAUUUUAGUUAAAUAAUUAGUAUAUUUAGUAUCAUUAAGGUCAGAUAAUGUUUAUGAUAGAGACUGUGCAUAGUAAUAUGUGCCAAUCUUGAAAUUUCCUUUUGGGGCCAAUUCAGUUGGGAUAAUUUCAUUAUACCUUUAUGUAGUAAAUGCAAUGUUAUAUGAAGGGUAAAAAAAAACUAAAUCAGUGUUGAAAUUAAUUUGUAACAUAACUGUCUUUUUUACCCAGUAACAUGGAAGUAAUAAUACUGGAUUUUGUGACAGUCCAGUUUAUGGUGACUACAGCUACUGUGAUUCUCAGAUACUUGAACAGAAUAAUGAGCAUCAGAAAGCUGGACCUAGAAUAUGUGUUGGCAUCGCCUACCAGGAGUAGGUGCUUGUGAUUAGUGUUUAAACACACCACACAGUAAGACUGCAGUUUCUCUACAUGCGUAAUGUAAUACACAAUAUUCAGUAGUCUUGUGUCUUAUGUUGUGUGAUCAUCACAAACACCAUCAGAUUCUGUUGGGAAAAUGUUGGAAUGAUGAGGGUUGAAUGGGCUUCGAUGUGACAAUAAUUAACUAUUUUGUAAAAAAGAAAAAGAAAAAUAUGACUUGGAAAUGAUGUUAUCAGCCUGAGCUUUCCUGGAAUCAGUACUCAUGAAUUCCCUGACUGCUCAUGUAUUUUCAUUCUUUCUUUGUUUUUAAAUUAAACUUUAAAUUAAAGAGAUGAAGUGUACGCUA